AUGUCGUCUACCCCUUCUUGUUCACCAUUCACACGGGCUGUGGUUAGCUCCAUGAGAAAGCUGUACCCUGAGGCAUUGGCUGAUAAGAGCUUUGACAAUACUGGAUUACUUCUCGAAGCUCCGUUCGACCCAACACGUCGCCAGAAGAACUCAGUCCUAUUAGCCAUUGACCUAACCACGGCAGUCGCCGAUGAGGCAAUCCGUCGUUCCGACUCGGCCAUUGUUGCAUACCAUCCGAUUAUUUUCCGCGGUUUAAAAUCGAUCACCCUCGAUGAUACCCAGCAACGAUCCCUUUUACGACUUGUUCAGCAUGGAAUCAGCGUCUAUUCGCCCCAUACUGCCGUUGACACUGUCCCUGGUGGCAUGGCCGAUUGGCUCUGCGACGUUGUGACCGGUACAUUUAAGUCCGACCAGACCCCACAGCUCGCUGUUCACGACUGUGCAUCCUCUCUCUAUUCCGCACCAACAUAUCCGCAAGCUGAAUCUGUACCGACGGCCGCCUCCGCAAACCCUUCUCAACAAAUACCUCACACUCGAACCACGAUCAACCCCUCGCCUCCACCUUCCAUCCCAGAAGGAUUCGAGUCUGCUGGCUCGGGACGUCUAGUUACCUUCAACGAGCCCCAGCCUCUCACUACACUGGUAGACCAUAUCGGCCGUGGCGUGGGCCUUCCGGGUGGAAUUCCCAUCGCUACUCCCCAGGGUCGGCGUAUCAACGAUAUCAAAAUCCGCACAGUCGGUAUGUGUCCCGGCUCCGGCUCGGGUGUGCUUCUUCGCGGAAACGAAAUCCCCGAUCUCCUGUUCACUGGAGAGAUGAGCCACCACGAAGCUCUGGCUGCUACAGAGAAGGGGUCUGUCGUUAUUUCAUUGGCCCACACCAACUCUGAACGCGGAUACCUACGUGCUGUCAUGCAAAAUCAGCUCAUUCGUCAAGUUUCGCAAGUGUGGCAAAAUGAGAGGAAAACAGCCCUGCAGGCAUUUCAAGAUAACGCUAAGCAGGGUGGAGCUUCCUCCGCCCCGUCAUUUGAAGAGGUAUAUCAAGAUAGCAGCGUUGAGGUUUCUGUAAGCGAGGCUGAUCGUGAUCCGUAUGGCAUCAUGAUCUGGCGAGGUUGA